AUGCGGCGCGAGGGACGGCAGCGAGGGUGGGUGCGUGUGUACGACCGCGCCGUGGUGGACCCGGAGGGCAAGCGCCGCGCCGUGCACGUCGUGGACGGCCCGGUGGUGGCCAACGGCGGCUUCAUCCGGGCGCCGCGGAAGCCGACCAACCAGUCCAAGUCUGGCGGCCUCCGCGCCCUUCCCCGAGACGCACUCGUUCAAGACGAGGAGCCGCAACUCCAUCCGCCACUGGGCGACCGGCAUUCUGGGUACUACUACACAACGACGUGCCAGUCACCGUUCAGAUUCGAGGCCGCGCCGUAUGGAUGGAGGUACGACGCCUUCGCACCCGAGGAAGUGCAAGCUCCUCGCCCGCCGCCGGCAGCGGCGCGUUCUGGGGGGAGAUCGGCGUGCAAGGGGAGCCGCAAGUUCAAGCACAGCGAGAUCAAGAUGUACUACGUGGACGCGGCCGAUGACGUCGAUGGGCGCCUCGAUUAUCUCUAUGACUUUGAUUCAUGA